AUUACCAACAAACCAUUGACUACAACGUUUAAUCCUGCCACCUUGACAAAUGCAACUCUGUAACAACUUGCAAGAUCAGACAUAACCUUAGGAUUCCAGGCCCCUUGGAGUUACACACAAAAUAAAUCAUUCGCGGUCACACACUGCCUCUGGGUGAUGGCACCUUUGAGCCAGCUGAGUAGCCAUAUCAACUCUACCUGUGGGGCAGAAAAUUCCACAGGUGCCAACCGGGUCCGCCCACAUGCUUACUAUGCCCUCUCCUACUGUGCACUCAUCCUGGCCAUCAUCUUCGGCAACUGCCUGGUGUGUGCAGCUGUACUGAGAGAGCGGGCCCUGCAGACCACCACUAACUACCUAGUGGUAAGCCUGGCUGUGGCGGACUUACUGGUGGCCACUUUGGUGAUGCCCUGGGUGGUGUACCUGGAGGUGACAGGUGGAGUCUGGAAUUUCAGCCGAAUUUGCUGCGAUGUUUUUGUCACCCUGGAUGUCAUGAUGUGUACAGCCAGUAUCCUGAACCUCUGUGCCAUCAGCAUAGACAGGUACACUGCAGUGGUCAUGCCUGUUCACUACCAGCAUGGCACAGGGCAGAGCUCCUGUCGGCGUGUAGCUGUCAUGAUUACUGCUGUCUGGGUACUGGCUUUUGCUGUGUCCUGCCCACUCCUCUUUGGCUUCAACACCACAGGGGAUCCCAGCGUCUGCUCCAUCUCCAACCCUGACUUUGUCAUCUACUCUUCAGUGGUGUCCUUCUAUGUGCCCUUUGGAGUGACUGUCCUUGUCUAUGCCAGGAUCUAUGUGGUGUUGAGGCAGAGGAGACGAAAGCGGAUCCUCACCCGACAGAACAGUCAGUGCAUCAGUGUCAGGCCUGGCUUUCCACAGCAAUCUUCCUGUCUGCGACUGCACCCUAUUCGACAGUUUUCAAUAAGAGCCAGAUUUUCAUCAGAUACCACAGGGAAAAUGGAACAUUCAGAGGACAAACAAUGUCCCCAGAAAUGUCAGGACCCUCUCUUGUCACAACUGCAACCUCUGUCUCCUGGCCGGGCACACAUGGAGCUGAAGCGCUACUAUAGCAUUUGCCAAGAUUCUGCCUUAAGACCCCUGGGCUUCCAAGAAGAACAGCAGUCAAAAGGGGCAGAGGGAACUCGGAACUCCCUGAGCCCCACCAUGGCACCCAAACUCAGCCUCGAAGUUCGAAAACUCAGUAAUGGUAGAUUAUCGACAUCCUUGAGGCUGGGCUCCCUACAGCCUCGGGGAGUGCCACUUCGCGAGAAGAAGGCAACCCAGAUGGUGGCCAUCGUGCUUGGGGCCUUUAUUAUCUGCUGGCUGCCUUUCUUCUUGACCCAUGUUCUCAAUACCCACUGCCAAGCAUGCCACGUGUCCCCAGAACUUUACAGUGCUACAACGUGGCUGGGCUACAUGAACAGCGCCCUCAACCCUGUGAUCUAUACCACCUUCAAUGUUGAGUUCCGCAAAGCCUUCCUCAAGAUCUUGUCUUGCUGAGAGAAGAAAGGAGGCAACAUGUCCUGCAAUCCAUGUCUCGCUACCAAGCUGUUGGGCUGCUGGCCAGGACCUGCACAGAAAGACUGCGCAGAGUUCCCUGACAUGUGGGAGGAAGAGGAGUCCUAGAGCCAGGAUGUCCCUAUGGGGCAGGUAUAAUCCAUUGCUUCCUCCAGCACAAAUUGUUCUACCUCCCCAGCUAAAAUCUGACUCCAUUCUGAUUUCGGUCUUUAAGAGGUUGGGAACUUCUAAGUGAUAAGCAAUAAUUCUGAAAGAAGCUGAAAAACCUGACUAUGCACACACGAAAUUGUCAUGAGGUGUGUGAUUCAUGAGAGAAGGAAAAUAAACAGAACUCAUUCUUAGCUCACCAGGUUGUUGAAAUCUCACCAGUAAACCACCUUGCAGAAGAGACAUCUCAGUAACUGGCAGACUAACCUGCUUUGGUGGGACCAUUCCCUCUUUACUGCUAUUCUCCAUCAUAG